GUCCCUCCUACUUCACCAUUACCAGCGCAGCACCUCUCUGCCUCCAUCUCGACUCGUCAAUAUUACCGGCAGAUUCUGCUACUUUUGCCGUCAUCUUCUCCGUUGAAUUUCAAAGACUCACUCCUUUUUGCUCUAUUUACGGAGAAAUUUUUUUAAUUAUGGGGAAAGCAAAGAAAACCCCUAAAUUUGCAGUCAUGAAGAAAAUUGUUACUCACAGAGCACUUAAACAACACAAACAGGAGGUUUUAAACCCGAACAAGAAAGACUUGAGCAAACUAAAACUUCCAAGAAAUGUACCUCAAGUUUCUUCUGCCCUUUACUUCAAGCACAACACUGCGUUAGGGCCACCUUACCGAGUUCUGGUUGAUACUAACUUCAUCAAUUUCUCCAUCCAAAAUAAAUUGGAUUUGGAGACUGGAAUGAUGAACUGCUUAUAUGCAAAAUGCACUCCUUGUAUCACAGAUUGUGUAAUGGCUGAGCUUGAGAAGUUGGGUCAGAAAUACCGAGUUGCUCUGAGAAUUGCUAAGGAUCCUCGAUUUGAAAGGCUUCCCUGUACUCAUAAAGGAACUUAUGCUGAUGAUUGUCUUGUUGACCGGGUUACACAGCACAAGUGCUACAUCGUCGCAACCUGUGAUCGAGACUUAAAGCGUAGAAUUCGGAAGAUCCCGGGUGUACCAAUCAUGUAUAUUACUCAACACAAGUAUUCUAUUGAACGGCUACCUGAAGCAACAAUUGGUGGAGCUCCAAGAAUCUAAUGCUAAGGUUUUCAACUGUGCGAGUCUUCAGUUUGCCAGAAAAAUUUGUUGAGGAAAUCGUUAAGGUUGGCCUCAAAGAGGAAGAAGCAACUUAUCCCAAUGGUUGGAUCCUCGACACCAGUGGAGGCAUUUUUUGAACUUUACUCUUUUAUUUCUACCAAGCUCUCUUAAAACUCGUUAUUUGGUGGGUAGUUAAAGAGAGUGUUUAUUUUAGUUUUUGUGAUAUCCAAUUCAGAUCUGAAACAAGAUGAUAAGAGGCCUUUAUGCUCCAUAGAAUCAAAUGCUAGCUUUAUGAAUUGCUUUAGUUAUGUAUGUUUUUUUCCUUAUAAUUUUGAAUGCUUGGACCUCAGCAAUUCCUUUUUGUAUACCAUUCUACCCCUUCUGCUAUGUGGUAUAAUUAAACAAAGAUGUGUAGCACAAAUUACUAAUGGUGCAUAGAAUGGUGAAAGUUGCAUUCGA